UAAUUCAUCUGCGAUGAAUACCAUUGACUUGCCUCCAAUAUUCGAUCUUGUGGAAGCGGAGAAUCUCACUGAAACCAAUGUGACCUGCAACAAUGGAGACUGUAUCACUGUGGACUCCUUGUUGUGUCCAACUGUGCUUAGCAAAAGUGCUCUGCUCUACACCCUCUCCUUUUUGUAUAUCUUUAUUUUUAUGAUUGGCUUAGUGGCCAAUUUCGUGGUUGUCUGGAUGAAUUUUCAAGCCAGAAUUACCAGCUAUGAAACUCACUUGUAUAUCUUCAACCUCGCUGUGGCUGACCUCUGUGUGAUCAUCACUCUUCCCAUCUGGGUGGUCUCCUUUGUUCAGCACAGCCAGUGGAACAUGGGGGAAGUCACAUGCAAGAUAGCUCACCUCGUGUUCUCCAUCAAUCUGUAUGGCAGCAUCUUCUUCUUGACGUGCAUGAGUGUGGAUCGGUACCUCUCAGUCGCUUACUUCAAAACUGCCAGCGGUGUUAAAAAGAAGAGACUCCGUUGUUGCGUUUGCAUCUCAGUAUGGCUCUUUGCAUUCUUUGCCGCCCUUCCCGAUACCUAUUACCUCAAGACAGUUUCCUCCAACAAUGAGACCUACUGUCGUCCUGCCUAUCCGGAGGAGACUGCAAAGGAGUGGCUAGCUGGCAUAGAGCUGACCUCCGUUAUUUUAGGUUUUGUCAUUCCCUUUCCUGUCAUUGCUGUUUCUUACUGUCUUCUAGCAACAGCUGUAUCAGCCUCUAACGAUCAAGAGAGGAAGCGUAAUGUGAAAAUCAUCUUCUCCUAUGUCCUCGUGUUCCUUGUCUGUUGGCUGCCAUACCACAUAGUUGUCUUGCUUGACUUCUUCUUGGCCUUCCAUUUCAUACCGUUCAGCUGCCAAAUGGAGAGCUUCCUUUAUGCAGCCCUUCACAUUACUCAGUGUUUCUCUCUGGUUCAUUGUUGCAUCAAUCCCAUCCUCUAUAGCUUCAUCAAUCGAAACUACAGGUAUGAACUCAUGAAGGCGUUUAUCUUUAAAUACUCAGCUAAAACUGGCCUUACAAAACUGAUUGAUACUUCCAAGGUUUCGGAAAUGGAGUACUCUGCUUUGGAGCAAAAUGCUAAAUGAUUGUCGCUUUGCAAAAGACGUUGCUGGGGAAGCAGAUAGCUCCUUCCCUAGUUACCUUGCCUAUACUAUAUG